AUGCCGUCCGCGACCGGUACCAAACGCGUCCGAGGCGUUUCCGUCUUCCGACCAUUCGUCUUCGGCAGCGAAGCGCAACCCUUCGACCCCAGCAAGAAACCCUCCGACGUGGCCCCGGACCACACACACCAGUGGCGGGUAUUCGUGAAAGGCGUGAACGACGAAGACAUCUCAUACUGGCUGAAAAAGGUGCAAUUCAAGCUCCACGAGACGUACGCGCAGAACGUCCGAACGGUCGAACAGCCGCCCUUCGAAGUGACGGAGACCGGGUGGGGAGAAUUCGAGAUCCAAAUCAAGCUGUACUUCGUGGCGGAGUCGAACGAGAAGCCACAGACGCUCUGGCACAGUCUCAAGCUGCAUCCGUACGGGCCGGACGCGGAGGCCAAGAAGGAGCGCAGGGAGGUCGUGAUCAGUCAGAAUUACGAGGAGGUGGUGUUUAAUGAGCCGCCGGCGCAGAAGGGGAAGGGCGGCAAGAAUACCAAGCAGGCGCAGCAGCAGCGCGGGGGCAGGACCGCCGAGAUUCCGUUUAAUCAGUCGCCGCAGAAUCCGUAUAGUAAGGCUACGGAGGGGAGUGAGAUCGAUCGGUUGGGCGAGGCCAAUAAGGCCGUCGAGGAGAUGAUCAGGCAGGAGAAGGAGAGGCUUAUUGAGCGCGAGAAGAGGUUGGCGGAGUUGCGCGCUAGUGAGGGCGUUCCUACGACGACGAAGAAGCGUUAAGGCUGGUUGUUGGGUUGUUAUCAUUACCAACACUCUUCUUUUCGAGCUAUGCCCUGCCCUGCUCUGCUGUCCGCGUGCGUGCGAUACGCAUUGGAAGCCUACUGGCCCUCCGAAGAUGUGGCUAUCGCUAUCGCACACCCCCGGCGAGUUGUAUGUCCGCGCUGCGUGAGUCGCGGCGGAAUCUGGACAACUUGAGGCUCCUGUCAGAGGGAAGGAUCCAGAGCCUAUCUAGUGGGUAGCCAGGACCUACGUCAAGAGCCUCAAAGUGCUGUACCCUCACUGCGGCGGUUACUAGAAGCUGUAUAUGCUUGCUGCCGAGCUUGAGUGCAGAUCUGCACCACAGAGCAAUGUCCAGCACAUCACCAGGACCUCACGAUUUAACAUAUAGUUAAAGCCAAAGCCUUAUCAUAGCAAAAUUAAUGAUAUGAAGACCUAUC